AUGGACCACAAACGUGUUUUCACCGUCCUGACACUGCUAUUCAGUCUCUCAAAGGCAUACCCUGUGACGGUAAGUCCUUAAUCAAUCAACAGUCGCUCAGUUUCUGCAUCACUCAUGUAUCCGGAUAACGUGGACUUAACCAGGAGGAUUCUGGAGGCAAACAACGCAUCCAGUCAGAUGCUGGUGGAAGGAGACCUGCUCAUCACAAACACCAAGAACGCCAUGAUUUGCUAUAUGAACGUCUGCUUGUGGCCGAAAUCUGCAAAUGGACUCGUUCAAGUGCCUUACGUGAUCAGCAGUGCUUUUUCCUCCUCUGAUAUACAGGUGAUACAAUCUGCUAUAAAUACAUUCAACUCUAAAACCUGCAUUCGAUUCAUCCCUUGGACGUCUCAGUCAGACUACCUCAGCAUCGAGAACUUGUAUGGAUGUUAUUCCUCUAUUGGUAAAAUUGGAGGCAAGCAGGUGGUCUCUCUCAUGGAGAGCAGCUGCCUUAUUGGUGGAAUUGUUCAGCACGAGCUUAACCACGCUCUGGGUUUCUAUCACGAGCACGUGAGAAGUGACCGUGACCGGCACGUCAGGAUCAACUGGAAAUACGUUGACCCAAAUGAGACCUUCAACUUUGAUAAACAAAACACCACUAAUGAAAUGACUGCAUAUGACUACGGCUCUGUCAUGCAUUAUGCAAGGACUGCUUUCACAAUUCAGCCCGGAAUGGAUACUAUCACUCCAAUCCCAGAUGAAACUGUGCAAAUUGGACAGAGGAAUGGACUGUCUCAGUCUGAUAUUCUGAGGAUCAACAAGCUCUAUGGCUGCUGUGAGUAG